AUGGCGGCGGCGGCGGCCGUCCCCGAGGCCUGGCCCGAGCUGGAGCUGGCGGAGCGGGAGCGGCGGCGGGAGCUGCUGCUGACGGGGCCCGCGCUGGAGGAGCGCGUGCGCGCGGCGGGCGGGCGGCUGCCGCCGCGGCUCUUCACGCUGCCGCUGCUGCACUACCUGGAGGUGAGCGGCUGCGGGAGCCUGCGCGAGCCGGGCCCGGGCCUGGCGCAGGGCCUGCCGCGGCUGCAGAGCCUCGUGCUGCGGCGCAACGCGCUGGGGCCCGGCCUGAGCCCCGAGCUGGGGCCGCUGCCCGCCCUGCGGGUGCUCGACCUGUCGGGCAACGCGCUGGAGGCGCUGCCGCCGGGCCAGGGCCUGGGCCCCGCCGAGCCGCCGGGCCUCCCGCAGCUGCAGAGCCUCAACCUCAGCGGGAACCGGCUGCGCGAGCUGCCCGCCGACCUGGCGCGCUGCGCCCCGCGCCUGCAGGUCCUCAACCUCGCCGGCAACCUCCUGCACCGCCUCCCCGCCGCGCUCUUCCUCCCCGGCGCGCUGCCGCUGCUCAGCGAGCUGGCGGCCGCCGACAACUGCCUGCGCGAGCUCAGCCCCGACGUGGCGCACCUGGCCUCGCUCAAGACCCUGGACCUCUCCAACAACCAGCUCAGUGAGAUCCCCGCCGAGCUGGCCGACUGCCCCAAGCUCAAGGAGCUCAACCUGCGCGGGAACAAGCUGCGCGACAAGCGGCUGGAGAAGAUGGUCGGCGGCUGCCAGACCAGGUCCGUCCUGGAGUACCUGCGCGCCGGCGGCCGCGGCAAGGGCCGGGGCAAGACGGACGGCGAGAGAGAGGACAGCCGGAGGAAGAGGCGGGAGAGGAAGCCGAGGCCGGAGAGCGGCGAGGGGCAGGCCGAGGUGGACGAGGCGGGCAGGCUGCUGCUGCGCAUCCUGCACGUGUCCGAGAGCCCGGCGCCCCUGACAGUCAGGGUGAGCCCGGAGGUCAGGGACGUGCGGCCCUACAUCGUGGGCGCCGUCGUGCGGGGCAUGAACCUGCGGCCCGGAAACGCGCUCAAGCGCUUCCUCACCUCCCAGACCAAGCUCCACGAAGACCUGUGCGAGAAGAGGACGGCGGCCACCAUCGCGACCCACGACCUCCACGCCGUCCGCGGGCCCCUGCUCUACGCGGCCCGGCCGCCGGAGGGCUUCAAGAUUGUCCCCUUGGGGCGGAGGGAGGCCAAGGCCAAGGAGCUGGUGCGGCAGCUGCAGCUGGAGGCCGAGGAGCAGCGGAAGCAGCGGAAGCGGCAGAGCGUCUCCGGCCUGCACAGGUACCUGCACUUGCUGGAUGGGAAAGAGAGCUACCCCUGCCUGGUGGACGCCGCGGGGGACACCAUCUCCUUCCCCCCGAUCACCAACAGCGAGAAGACAAAGAUUAAGAAGACAACGUCUGAUUUGUUUCUGGAAGUCACCAGUGCCACCAGCCUGCAGAUCUGUAAAGACGUCAUGGACGCCCUGGUCCUGAAAAUGGCGGAGUUGAACAAGUACACGCUGGAGAACGAGGAGGAAGGCUCGCUGUCGGACGCCGAGGCCGACGGCAGCCCGGGACAGCUCUCGCACCCCAAGACGAACGCGAGUGUGGCCAGGGACGGCCAGGCCCCGCUGGUGGUGGAGCAGGUGCGGGUGGUGGACCUGGAGGGGAACCUGAAGGUCGUGUACCCCGCCUCCACCGACCUGGCCACCGCCCCUGCCCACGUCACCGUCAUCCGCUGAGGCUCCGGGGGCCGGGCGUCCCCUGGGCCGCUUGUUUGAGAGGUCUCUGGGUGGCGCCAUUAAAGUGUUUGUACUUUUUAACCUCA